AUGAAUCUCCCCAGUCUCAUAUGUCUCAUACUGGGCAUAUCACUGGCGUCUGCAAACGUCGAGAAAACCAUCUUUCUUGGUCCCGAGCCCGUCAACAUCCCAGAGCAGCAACCGUCUCUGUUAAGCCUCAACCUCGACACUCUCACGCCUGAGAACUGGUCACUCAGGACACACAUAGAGGCAAUAUUCCCGACAGAAGAUUUCGCGAGAGGCAAGUCAACAUGGCUCAUUCUCGAUAACCUUACAGAGAGCCAGCGCUAUGAGGUGCGCAUAUGCUGGCUGGCCACCCAACCAACAGCCUUCCACCUAGAGACCUACACCCUGCCCACCGUCUUCGACACCCCAGAGCUCAUCACCUCGCUCUACAACUACUCCAUGUCCCGGCAGCUUGCGGACCCACCACCACCACCCCCGGCAUCCGCAAAGGGCGGCGGCGAGCACCUGUCCUCGGUCCUGUUCCUGCGCAUCGACGCGGCCGCCGACUACUUCACCACCGACGCCGCGCUCAUGCAGUGGCCGGAGCCCGUGCUGGCCGACGUCAUCCUGGACCCCUUCGUGCUCAACGUCCUGCCGCGGACGCUGCUGCCCACCGUCGGCUACGUCGUGCUCGUCGCCGCCGCGUCGUGGGCGCUGGCCACGCGCCUCAUCAUGCCGUGGGUGAGGGGCCUGAUGGUCGAGGGCGGCGAUGGGCGGGCUGGCGCGGGCCGGGAGGCGGGGGAGGAGAAGAAGACGCGGUGA